AAAAUAUUGGAAAGAAAGUUUCAGCGCCAGACGAGGCCUUUUCAAGCUUGCCCUUAUGCGUUGCGUUGAAAGUGUUGCAGCAAGUAUUUUGACAUCCUUGAGUUUUGCUUUCAGUUGCUGAAUCCUGAUAUUUGAAGGAGAAAGCAAUUUUCUCGGCAGCAUUAUGGAAUCAUCAGAUGAACUCUAUGCUGCAGCAGCAAGCUUAGGAAUCGACAUACAGCUCUUUUGCUCGUAUUCAGAUGAGAUGACUGAAGAAAUUGUAUUGUCCUGCAUCAAUACUGCAGCAAAGUUGAAAACGGGUCUCUAUCCGAAAGUGUCCAACUCAGAAAGCCUAGCAGAAUCGUUUCUUACUGCUUUUCCUUCAAUUAAUCCUCUCUCAGCUCAUGCAAUAUUGUCCUCAGAUAUUCGACUUGGCAGCUUUCUGGGAUCAUUGGAUGUGUCCAGAAUGUGCACCCUUCAGAAUUAUCAUAUUCCUGAUGAAAGCCUAGCUUUGCUGAGUGCAGCAAGCAGAUAUGGAGAGCGGGAAGAUUCUAAAUCAGGAAUAACAGACUGUUCCUCCUCAUUAUCACUUCCAGACUUGGGAAAUGCUCAAUUUAAAAGUGAAUCUGAGAGGAAGAAACCUAAAUACACACACAACCUUAAUAUCGAUCCGCCUUCAAAUGACUUAUUUCCGGUGGAUCUAGCAAAGUCACUUCCUGAUUUUGAACACGAUUUCCCUAAAUUAUCUGUCUCAGGUGAUUCCUGGCUGUCAAGAAGGGCUGGGAUAUCUACAGCGGAGGAAUUCAGUUUAUCUUUCAAUGAAAAAUCACUGUUUCAUGAUCGGGAUAUUGAUCUUGACAUGAUGAGGUCUUCUGCUGCUGGCACAAUGAAGUCUGUUGAUAAAUCAAGCCUUCAUGACUUCCCGUUGGCAAAAGAUCAUCAAAUAUUUGAUAAGAGUGAAAAGGCCUGGGUGCCUCCAGUUGACCGAGAUCGCAGUCCAGGAUGGAGAUCAGCCACAACGAUAAACAAUGACUUGAGCAGACAAACUGUGAAGCUAAAUGGAAUUCGGCAGGGUGAUUCUACUGGGGAAGUUAUCAAUUUAGAGGAUAGUCCAGCAUUUGGAGAAGAUUUGUUUAUUGCAACCUGCAUUAGCUUUUCACCUACUCUGUUUGACAUUGAGAAAGAAUAUGCUGCAAGAAACUCUGGAAUGAACAAAUGGCCUUCCAGUGCAACCAAUCUUCCCAAAUUUGCUAAUCCUACUGAGUUUCGGGAUGGCUCUGGUGCUUGGGUUUUUACAAAUGAUAAGAGACAUAUCUCAAGGGAUGAAAUCAGACCUAAUGAUAUCAUUAAUAGGAAAAACAUUUCUAUGAUGAAACACAAAGAGGUCAUGGAAGAGGAUAUAAUGGAAAGAAAUUCACAAAAUCCCUACAAGUAUAUUCAACGAAAGGGAAGUUUUGAUAGCACACCAUUCUCAAAAGCUCUUCACUCCACUCAACCUCAAAGAUCACCCUGGACAAUUGAAUUCCUUAACAGAGUAAGGGAAAAGAGUAGAAUGCACAAGCAACCUGUUUCAUAUGACUUACCCUCUCCAUAUCUGAGUUCCUCUGGGAACACAUCCAAAGUUACUAAAAGAAGAAGUCCUUCAAUUCUUGAAUUCUACAAGUAUGAGGGGGGUGGCACCCCACAGAAAAUAGUUCAAGAGAAGAGACUGAAUAGAUUUUCAAAAGCAACAACAAACUCAUUGAAGACUAAGAGGGCUGCUACUUCAUGUCCUUUGUCAACUCCAGUUGAUAAGAAAGCAAGACAGGGCUAUCAGCAUAGUUUAUGUAAGUCAGAAAUGAUUGAUGCUAUACAAGAGAUGGAGCAGACUAACGUGCAACACUGCACCAGAUUUUGAAGUCUGUAGAGG